CGGAGGAGGAGAGAGAGAAAACGGAAACCAAGAAAACAGAGAAAAUUCAAGAGCGUCCAGAAACCCACAUUCCUCGCCUACUUCGAUUCUAAUCUGAUAACUGAAAAAACAAAUUGAAUUGGCUAAACAAAGCACAAAUGGCAUCAACAAUUGGUCGAUUGUUUCAAGAUCAGAACCUCAGUGUUCACUCUAAUGGGGAUUCUGCUGUUGGAAAGGGUGGUGCAAAACAACAGAAGAAAGCAGGGUUUGGUGGAAGGAAACCUCUAGGAGAUGUAUCGAAUACAGGGAAGCCUGAUUUUACCAAGGUGUCGAAAAAGCCUGCUCUUACCAAUGUUUCUGAAAUCAUUGCUGAUGCAAGCAAUAAGAAAGGCCUUUGUAAAGCCUCGGAUAAAGUGCAGACUCAUGGCAGCCGCAAGGCACUAUCUGAUGUGUCUAACACAGUCAAACCACCUGUGCACAAGAAGUCAAGUGUUGUGGCACAACCACCUUGUGGUUUUGAGGAAGAAGGAUACUUGCAUGACCAUCAACAGUGCAUCAAAUCUAUGAGAAAGGCUAACCAAAUGGAUCAAAUGGAUUUUUUUAUGACAAUACAAGGAUCAGAUUCAUCCAAGAUGCUUCUAUCUCCCUGUGCAGUUUCUCAGUUUCGUAAAGUUGAGCCGGAGAGUUCCAUGAGGUACUUGGAUUUGAAAGAGAUGCCUGAGCUGUCUAUCAAGUUUGACUCUUCACCUCAUUGCAAGUCUCCAUUGUCACCAACUCAUACCAAGUCCACUUGGAUUUGGGAUGAUUGUGAUUUUCAGGUGAUGGAGACACCUUAGUUUCCGAGGCACUGAUUCCCCAGUAACUUUCAAACUGUGUAAUAUGUGAUGCCCAUCAAUCCACUUGAAAUUGAUGCAGCCAGAGUCAUUCUAGAGGAUUUGGUUUUUGUUAUUAUGUUUUUAGUUUUUGUGGUCCUCGGUAAUUGAACAUCUGAAUGUUCCAGUCCACUUGAAAAUUGAUGUAGCCAGUCAGAGGAUUUGGCUUUUGUUAGUCUGUUUCUAGUUUGUCCUCGGUAAAUACCAUUUCUUAUGUUCGCCACAUUAAUGACAUAUUCAUUGUGAAUUGAUAUAUGGAUGAUCUGAUUUUUUGUGACGA